ACAAAAGUGUCAUGGUGGUGCGGCACAUGUGCGCCUGUGCAGCUCCUCCCAUGUCAAGUGCAGCAGAGACACGGAAGCCGAAUGUAAGCCUUUGGAUAAGUGAGUGUGUGUAGGAGAAAAGGGGGAGGGAAUGCAAACACACACACACACUCGCUUUUGGCUGAUGUAACAGAAAAAAAAACUGUGAUCACAAUGAAGUGAUGGUUUUUGAAAAGAAAGAGGGAAGAGGAGAGCUUCCUGGUUGUGUUCUGAAUGAGAUUGUGCACAUCUACAUUUCCUGAUUGACCUCUACCUGCCUCCAUCAUGUCGCUGCUGACUCACGUGCUGGCGUGCCUCUUUGGUAUGGGCUCCUGGGUGGCCAUCAAUGGGAUGUGGGUGGAGCUGCCCCUGGUCGUACCGGAGAUCCCAGAGGGCUGGUAUCUACCGUCGUACCUCACAGUCCUCAUCCAGAUGGCCAACAUUGGUCCACUCUUCAUCACUCUGAUGCACCGCUUCCGCCGAGGGGUGCUCGAUGAGCGGCCAGUCAUCUACUUUAUUGUAGGGCUGGGGAUCGUUGCUACAUUCCUGCUGGCUUUCUUCUGGAGGCACAGAGUGAUGAUCGGGGGCUCUUUGCACAGUGUACCCCUGCUGGUGUUAAGUUUCCUGCUCUCUGUGGUGGACUGCACCUCCUCCGUUACCUUUCUGCCUUUCAUGAUGAGGCUGCGUCCGCAGUACCUCACCACAUACUUCGCAGGUGAAGGCCUCAGCGGUCUGGUGCCUGCACUGGUGGCUCUGAUUCAAGGUGUUGGUGUAGUCCACUGUCAGAAUGCCACUUUGGCUGAUACAGCCAACAAAACACUUGAUAAUGCCACUAUGGUAGCUAGUGAUGAGCUACAGGCCAUCUACCAGCCAGCUAAAUUCUCUGUUCAGGUCUUCUUCGUGUUCCUCAGUGCAAUGAUGGUCGUGUGCCUGGUAGCCUUUAUCUUACUCAACCAUCAUCCAGCUGUGGCUCGAGAGAGAAAGAACGACCUGUAUUUCAGUGGUGAUCUGGCCUCUGACAAGAGAGAGCAAGGUCUGUCUCUGCACGCCCAGACACCAGAGCAGAAGCCUAUGAUCAACCCUCUGGAAGGAGGGAGGAGGGAGCCCAGGAGCUCUUUUGGGAUGGGGACCUACAGCAAUCUGGAGGUGGUGUUCAUCUUUGUUGUACUGGCUUGGGUCAACGCUCUGACCAACGCAGUGCUGCCCGCAGUCCAGUCCUACUCCUGUCUGCCUUACGGGAACAAGGCCUACCAUCUAGCUGCCACCAUGGCGGCUGUUGCUAACCCAGUGGCCUGCUUUAUCGCCAUGUUUGUGCCGAUUAGGUCUCUGGUCUUCAUGGGCUUCUUGACCAUGACUGGGACUGGAUUUGGAGCCUACAUCAUGGCCAUGGCAGCUCUAAGUCCCUGCCCCCUGCUGGUUCACAGUGGCUCUGGAACUGCAGUCAUAGUGCUGGCCUGGGUGCUGUUUGUCCUGUCCCUGUCCUAUGUGAAGGUCAUCAUCGGGGUGAUUCUGCGGGACGAAGGCCACAGUGCCCUCGUGUGGUGUGGAGCAGUAGUGCAGUUGGGUUCCAUGGUGGGUGCUCUCUCCAUGUUCCCGUUGGUCAGCGUCUACGGACUUUUCAAGUCAGGUGAUGCCUGCAACACUAAGUGUCCAAUGUAGUAAAGAAACACGUUUAAUUUAAAAACUGCUGUACAAAACUGAAAUAAAAAAAUGCGCUUAUCUUAGAUGCACUGAACUGAAACAGUCGUGAGCUUUACAUAUUCCUUUUUGUUUAAACAGAUCUGAGAGCUCAGAGUCUACAGCACUAUCACUCCAUGAUGUUAGCAGAUUUCUUCUUAUCAGAGUCAGAUGGUAGAUGUAUGUUUUACAGAUAUCUGUAUUUAUUGACUUGACUAGAUCAAACAAGACCAUUUUGUCGCUGAGCACAUUACAAUUCCUUCUCAAUUCAGAGGUCAAAGCCAGUUUACUUGAACUGUUAAUAUGAUGUGAACACUUAAUUGAUUACUGUUGCUUUUAUAAGAACCUAUGGCUUUAAAGUGUGCCUUAUUUGAGACUCUGAAAGAUGUGUGCUCAUUUUUGGUGUACAUGUUUGCACAUUAUAACUUGCUUUAUACAUGUUACUUGUGUGGAGAAACUGUUCAACAAUACAAAAUAAAACAUGUUUUAUCUCUGCCUAAA